AUGGGUAGCGACGAAGAAGGAAAAUCCACAAAGUCUGAUAAGCCAUCGCAAGCUGCUCCUGUAAAUGAGCAGAGCAAUGUUCAUGUGUAUCAUCAUGACUGGGCUGCUAUGCAGCAGGCAUAUUAUGGCCCUAGAGUUGGUAUGCCUCAAUAUUACAACUCAAAUGUGGCAAGUGGUCAUGCUCCACCACCUUACAUGUGGGCGCCUCCAUCGCCAAUGAUGGCUCCUUAUGGGACACCAUAUUCAGCAUUUUGCCCUCCUGGUGGAGUUUAUGCUCAUCCUCCUGGUGUUCAAAUGGGCUCACAAUCACAAGGUCCUGUUUCUCAAGGCACACCCGUUGUUGCAACUCCUUUGAACAUGGAUGCUCCAGCUAACUCACCUGGAAAUACGGAUCAGGGGUUCAUGAAAAAGUUGAAAGAAUUCGAUGGACUUGCAAUGUCAAUUAGCAAUACGAAAGUUGGGAGUGCUGAACAUAGCAGUGAACCUAGGAAUUCACAGAGCUCCGAGAAUGAUGAUUCUAGCAAUGGUAGUGAUGGUAAUACAACUGGGGGAGAACAGUCCAGGAGGAAAAGAAGCCGAGAAGGAUCGCCAACCACAGAUGGAAAGCCUUCUUCUCAAACUAGCCUUCCUCUUAGAGAUGAAAAUGAUAAACCCGCAGCAACCAUGGUGACGCCUGUUAUGUCCACAGCAAUGGGUUUCCCACAGCCAUUCCAUGGAGCGCCCAAUGAAGUCUGGAAUGAUAAAGAGGUUAAACGAGAGAAGAGAAAACAGUCAAACCGAGAAUCUGCUAGAAGGUCGAGACUGAGGAAGCAGGCUGAAAAUGAAGAACUCUCUGUGAAAGUUGACGCAUUAGUAGCUGAGAACACUGUGCUUAGGUCCAAGCUAAGCAAGCUAAACGAUGAGUCUGGGAAACUACGGCUGGAGAACGAAGCUUUAUUGGAUCAACUAAAAGCGGCGCAGACGCAAGCAACUGGGAAAACAGAGAACCUCAUCUCUCGAGUUGAUAAGAACAACUCGAAAUCAGGUAGUAAGAAUGUGGAACAUCAAUUGUUAAACGUAAGUCUGAGAACCGAUUCUGUCGCGGCUAGCUGA